AUGGCAGGUUAUGUCAGCAGUCCUUCUUUGGCUUCUUCCAAUAUCCGUCCAGUUAAACGUUCACAAGUUAUUUCUGCAAAAGAUGCUGAGCCUCCUGGGGCGUGUGCCAAUCUUUUGGUUUGCUUUGCUGUCUUCUUGUUGAUCUUAACAUUCCCAAUAUCCAUCUUCUUUUGUAUCAAGAUUGUCAACCAAUAUGAACGCGCAGUUAUUUUUCGUCUUGGGAGAUUGAGAAAGGGAGGGGCUAAAGGGCCGGGUCUUUUUCUUGUAAUUCCUUGCAUUGAUGAAUACCAAAAGGUUGAUUUGCGUCUUGUUUCAUACUCUGUUCCUCCUCAAGAAUUGCUCUCAAAGGAUUCUGUAACGGCAAGUGUUGACGCUGUAAUCUAUUUCCGUAUUUCGGAUGCCACAAUCUCUGUUGUUAACGUGGAGAAUGCUGAAGCUUCUACAAGAUUGUUGGCUAUGACUACUCUUCGAAAUAUUUUGGGAACUAAAACUUUGAGUGAAAUGCUUUCUGAUCGUGAUCAUAUUUCACAAGAAAUGCAGAGAUCAUUAGAUGAAGCUACAAAUGAUUGGGGAGUUCAGGUGGAACGAGUUGAAGUUAAAGAUGUUAGACUUCCUGGGACAAUGCAAAGGGCUAUGGCUGCUGAAGCAGAGGCUACACGCGAGGCUAAAGCUAAAAUAAUUGCUGCUGAAGGCGAACAAAAAGCCUCUAGUGCUUUGCGUGCUGCUGCUCUUGCAAUUUCUGACACUCCAACAGCUCUACAAUUGCGAUAUCUUCAAACUUUGGGAGAAAUUAGUGCCGACAACAAUUCUACAAUUGUUUUUCCUUUUCCGGUUGACUUUAUGUCAGUUUUUGGUAAACACUCUGUUCAAAAAUCUUCGGAAAGUACAGUCAAACAAAAAACCAAAGAAAGUGAAAAGGAAAAAACAAAGGAAGAAACGACAAAAGAAGAGAAAUCUGAAAAAGACAAAAAUGUUGAACAAGAAAAAAGUAAAGCUGUUGAACAAUACUUCAAAAAAAGUAGUCCAAGAGAGAAGAAGGAAAAGCCUAAGAAGAAGCAAUCAUCAACAGGGAAGAAAAAGUAG